UAUGGGUGAUUUUGACGUCCAUGUUUAAUACAUAUAUCUAUCAUCAUACUAUAUAGAGAAGUAUUUAUUUCAAAGCGGUCUAUCGCAGACAUGGCUCUUUGAAAUACGUAGGGACUACUUUCUGGACGUCGCGGCGGGACACAAAAUCACAAAGGCAAGCUAGACUCUGAGACAUCCAAAAUGGCGUCUACAGGUGAAGCGUUGACUCUGGAGAGAGAUGUAAGGCGGGCCAUUGAGCUGCUGGAUAACCUGCAGAAGACAGGAGAAGUCCCUCCUCAGAAGCUACAGGCUCUGCAGAAGGUUCUCCAGUCCGAUUUCUGCAACGCAAUCAGGGAGGUCUACGAGCAUGUCUACGAAACGGUGGACCUGACCGGCAGUCCAGAGAUACGAGCCAACGCGACCGCGAAAGCGACAGUUGCCGCCUUCGCUGCCAGCGAGGGCCACGCACACCCCCGUGUUGUGGAGCUGCCGAAGACGGAGGAAGGGCUGGGCUUCAAUGUUAUGGGUGGAAAGGAGCAAAAUUCCCCGAUCUACAUCUCCCGAGUCAUCCCCAGCGGUGUGGCAGACAGGCACGGGGGGCUGAAGAGAGGCGAUCAGCUCCUGUCCGUGAACGGCGUCAGUGUGGAGGGGGAGAAUCACGAAAAGGCCGUCGAGCUGUUAAAGGCCGCCACCGGCACCGUCAAGCUGGUCGUCCGCUACACUCCUAAAGUCCUGGAGGAGAUGGAGGCCCGCUUCGAGAAGAUGCGAAACAACCGCCGUGGACGUAGGCCAAUGGAAUGUUAGAUCAUCAUGCAUGCUGAAUUUUCUAUGAGGACUUUUAGAAAGGACUUCUAGAAUUUUGUCACAUUUAAUGUUAAAGAGUUGAUGCAAGUCUGGAAUACCUUACUAUCGUCACAAAACAAGUGGUAUCAUCAACAUUAUAUUACAGUGUCACAUUUUGUGUAGUACACAUAAAUUAGAGUGUUAUUAAUAAUUGAGGAAUAUGGCUAUCAGACUUAGAAUCAUUCCUAUUUUGAAAUUUGAGGUUGUCCUGUGAAUUAGAUGAAUGGUAUUAGUCAGAAUUGGUGCACUACUGGCGUAAGUGCGAGGAGAGAAGGAAUAAAAUGUCAAUCAUCAGAAUGUUUCUUACAGCAAUUUAGUAGUAAUGGUCCACUUUGCUCCGUUAUCAAACCAUUUGAUUCCUCGGCUAGUGGAAAAACUAAGAGGUUCUUUAACCUCCAUGUGAAAUCUAAUGAAAUUGAAACAAUGGAAUGUUGCUUUUCUUAAUUCAAAUACUGUGCACAUUUACGAGUACUAACCUCUUCUCUGGGUAGAGAUGAGCAAGGAGGUUAUAUCAGAACCUCCUUGAGAUGAGGUAAUAGCAUGAGUUACAAUUACCCAGCAGUAAAAAAUGUCGCAGACAACUGUGCCCCACAAAUUACACAUUGUUUCAGCUCAGGACCACUCGACCUGUUGGACCACACUAUAAAAAUUGCUGUGAGAAACAACAAAAUACUGAAAUGUUUUUAUCCCAAGAAUUCUUUACUUAUGUAUACAGUACAGGACUUUUUGUGUGUUUGAAUUCAAUUGCAUCACAUAUGUUAAUGAUUUUUAAGAAUUGGUUACCUAUCAUCAACAAAAAGUGUUUGAAGCAUUUAGGCAGUGAGGUUGUUUGUAUUCAUUAGAUUGCCUCUGAUGAUUAUGUAGAUGCUGGUUAGACACAGGGCGCCUUGCAUAGCCAUUAAAGUGAAGAGUUGAUCCGAAUGAUCAGUACCUUACUAGCAUGAUCUUUUAGCUGAUGUUUGGCUCAUUUGAUGGUUAGUAUUUUGUAGGUACAACGGCCAAUGAAACCAACUAAGGGGCAACAUAACCAUCCAAGUGUGCUUAAGCAACACCUCUUCCUAAAAAUCAUGACACAGUAGUUAAAAUUCAUUCAUGGUACCAGAAUGUAUGUCAAAUGCUUAGCUAUUUUUGGUAAGACUUAUUGUCACUGCUUGCUCCUGCUUCAAGAUUGUGUUACACUAUCACUAAUGAAUACACCAUGGUAUUAAAAUGAGGAUGUGUGGCUAAAAA